CUUCUGUCUUUCUUGAUUUUGGACCAACAAAGUGAGAGCUUGCCUGUGUAACCAGACGUAAGGGUCGGAGCUUAAGGAUGAGGGAAUGAGUCAGUCAGCCCCAGGGCACGGCUUGACAAAUCCACAAUUGGAAAUCCGGGGCCUAAAUUUUCAUUUGCCACGUUCGCGAUAGCUUCAUUUCGACUGGUCCAGAAUUUAUUCCCCGCCCCCACACCCACGCCUCCGUCUCAGCAACAGUCUAUCACAACCUAAAAUAACUAUUUUUAUCCCGCCCUUUCACUUUCAGGGUCCCUCACCGUUAUCCAACUCCAACGUUCACGACAAGGCACAAGGGCAGAUUGCUUCAAAUGAGCGCGGCGAGGCGCCCGCUGCCUCCAUCUAGCAGCUUGCCUGCUAUACGAUCACUCAAUGGCCAACCGGAAGCGUGCAUCUUAUCCGCCUUAAGCGACCUUUACGCUCUCUAUUGCCCCCUACCGACAUCAUUGGCGUUUCAGAUAUAUUCGACGCCCAAAGAUCCCCCAGCUGCGGCAGAUUCUGGUUAUGCAUCUGAUAACGAUGAGGACAAGAGCGAAUAUGAAGACGGCUUCGAACUUCGCGAGGAUCCCUAUGAGCGCGCCUUCGCCGAGCGCUGGUUGACUAGCUUCUUGGGCCGCGCUGAGGAACUCACCUGUUUUGAGAGCGAAGACUCACAGCAGCAUGCUAUCGACAAGGCGUCGUGUGUCCUGGCUUCACUCUUCCGCCAGGAUGAGGAAGAGAAUGUAGAGGACACUGAAAUCACAAGAGAUUAUCGUUUCAACCUGAAUCUCGGUUCUAGCGAAGCGAAGGAAGUUCACGAGAGCACUGAAAGCGAAGUGAUCACCGUGCAACUCACAGAUGGCCUAGCUGGCAGGGAUAACACCGAUCACACAGACGUUGGACUGCAGAGCUGGGGCGCUGCUUUCAUUUUCACCGAACUGAUGUGUGCAUCUCCCUCACGCUUCAACUUCUCACGAAACGCCCUCGGCCCUGCGCCGCGUAUCAUCGAGCUAGGGGCCGGCACAGGGCUCGCGGGCAUCGCACUAGGCAAGAUUUUACCACGCCUAGGCGUGGCGCAGCCCCGAAUCAUCGCGACUGAUUUUCACCCGACAGUUCUCGCGAAUCUCGAAGCGAACAUAGUCAAGAAUUUCUCAACCGUCGGUCAGGGCAAGGAUUCGGUGUCUAUCCAAGCUGCACCACUUGAUUGGGAAACCCCGGACUUGUCCGCGCCCUUAGACGAGCAGGCCGACGUACUCGUCGCUACGGAUGUGAUUUACGGUCCUCAACAUGCAGUCUGGCUGCGAGAUUGCGCAGCGCGCAUGCUGAAGCCAGACGGCGUCUUCUGGUUGAUGCUGACGGUACGAACGACGGGCAAAUUCGAGGGUAUCAGCGGUACGGUGCGCGCGUCGUUCAGCGGGCAUGAUGGGAUUCGAAACCCUCAGGGCUGCGUGCUUACGAUCCUCGACGAGGAAUGCUUUGCGCGGCCGAGAGGGAUUGGACGCGGGGAUGAGAGCGAGUAUCGGCUCUUCAAAAUUGGUUGGGCUUCUUGAGAUGAAGAAAGGCAUUAAUGGAUAUGUCACAUUGAAUUAGAGCUACUAUGCGGACGAUAAGCGAUUUGCCAUGAUACGUCGGCAUUACCUUCUUUAGAGCAAGGGAUAGCGCAUCAUACACGGCCCUAGAUAUUAGAUGCACAUUAUAGAUAGAACAUGCAUGCUAGAUACUAGACGAUAGACGGUAAAUGAUAGACGAUAGAUAUUAGAGCAACAAGAUUAGGCAAUACGGAAUACGAUUCCAACCCAU